AUGCUGCAGACUACGGGGGAGGCUGUUGUUGCUGCAGCGGGAGCAGCCGAUGCAGCAGAUGCUGAAUCGCAGCAACACCAGCGCCCCCGAGGUGAAGCAACUGCAACAUUGAAGACACACUCGAACAGUUUGAUCCUUGCUGCUGCUGCUGUCGCCCGGUGCCUGAAGCAUCGCAACAGCAGUGCCCCGCAGGUGCGUUGGGGUGUCCUCGCUCUACUUGCUCGGCUGUAUGACUCAGCUGCACUUUUCUUUUCGCGGUGCAGCGGCCUUCCAGUAGCAGCAAGUGCGACGGGGACCUUAACUACAGAGCAGGUGCUGGUGCUGCUCCAGUGCCAUUUGCUUCUCGUAGAGGGUUGUAAGCAGCGGCAGCUGUCCGAAGGUGCAGGGCCAGCAGUUGUUGCCUCUUUUGGGGUCAGCAUGCCGCAGACAGCAGCAGCUGCUGCUGCAGCUGCAGCAACAGCGACGCGCUCCCCAGCUGCUGAGCAGUUACUGCGAGAUAUUCAAAGGGUGCUGCAGCUGCAGCAACAGCGACGCGCUCCCCAGCUGCUGAGCAGUUACUGCGAGAUAUUCAAAGGGGCCUUCGCUCCUGCAGUCUGCGAACAGAGUCGCUCGAAGUUCUUGGAGCCGCCACACACCUCCUUGGCAGGAUUCAGAGUCUCACUGAACAGGGUCAGCAGCUCAACGACACCCGCCGCGGCAGAAUAA